AUGCCUGCUUUGAGACUGACCGCUCCUUUUUUGAUCUUCCUGCUCAUCGCGCCUGGCGAAACCAAGAUCUUUUCACGAUGUCACCUCGUUACUCUCCUUGCCAAUAGCGUCCCAGAGGAUUAUGCGGGAUACACUAUCAACGACUGGAUCUGCCUGGCCCAUGCUGCAAGCUAUUACGAUUCGUCGAGAAUCUCAAAACAGGAAUUGAGCAGCGGACGGAACUAUGGGCUAUUCCAGUUCAAUAACAUGGAGCAUUGCUCCGAUGGAUGCCGUACCUCCCUGAAUGUCUGCCGCGCGGAUUGCAUAGACUUCAUAGACGAUGACUUGACCGACGAUAUCCAGUGUGUAAUGAAAAUAAUCGCAGCUGACAGCGGGUUUGGGGAAUGGAAAGUAUAUAACUGGAACUGCAAAGGAAAAGACCUAACAAGGUGGACCAAAGGCUGCUCAGUCCCGGCUCCGUGGGACAAGUGGUAAACAGUCCUUUCUCCGGAUUCUCUGCAUUGAUGAAGAGCGACCCCCACCCUUGAUUGAGAAUUGCGCUUUCCUGCUCUGCAAUGGGGAACCCACGUCUCGUGCUCAGAGUCCAUCAGGAAUGCUGUUUGGCACCACUUUAACUGCCCUGACUCUAUGCUAAGGGUCCCUGUGAGUUGUAGUUUGACAACGUCUUUAAUUAUUCUCUGACCAAGCAUUCAAUCGCACGGAGUCAUGGCUGUAAAUAAAGCGGUUUCAAACUGCAUUCCUUCUACAUCUGUUUUGAUUUCAUCCAAUAAAACACAAUUAAAUCUCUGCCAACAAACAAAGCUAAAAAAUGUAUUGUCGAAGGCUUUCAUGGCUGGAAUUACUGGGUUGUUGUGGGUUUUUUCGGGCCAUAUGGCCAU